GCAGGACACUGGGUGGAUGAAAUAAAAGUCUAACCAUCUAGUGAGAGAAAGAGAAGUUACAGAACCACUCCACCUAAACUGAGAAGAAAGCAGACAAGGGAACAUGGCCUCAGAGACCCACAUGUCAGGCCCAGAGUGCCUCAUUGAGAACACUAACGGGAGACUGUUGGUUAAUCCGAAAGCUCUGAAGAUCCUGUCUGCCAUUAAGCAGCCCGUUGUGGUGGUGGCUAUCGUGGGCCCCUACCGCACUGGCAAAUCCUACCUGAUGAACAAGCUGGCUGGGAAGAACAAGGGCUUCUCUCUGGGCUCCACGGUGCAGUCUCACACGAAGGGCAUCUGGAUGUGGUGUGUGCCUCAUCCCAAGAAGCCAAACCGUACUCUAGUUCUGCUUGACACUGAGGGCCUAGGGGAUGUGGAGAAGGGCGACAACCAGAAUGACUCCUGGAUCUUUGCUCUAGCAAUACUCCUGAGCAGCACUUUUGUGUACAACAGUAUGGGAACCAUCAACCAGCAGGCCAUGGACCAACUGCACUAUGUGACGGAACUCACAGAUAGAAUUAGGGCAAAAUCCUCACCUGACGUGGAUGGGUUUGAGGAUUCAGCUGACUUUGUGAGCUUCUUUCCAGACUUUGUGUGGACACUGAGGGAUUUCUCCCUAGACUUGGAAGCAGAUGGGCAAUCCAUCACAGCAGACGAGUACCUGCAGAAUUCACUCAAGCUUAGGAAAGGUACCAAUCAAAAAGAUAAAAAUUUUAAUCUGCCUCGACUCUGUAUCCGGCAGUUCUUCCCAAACAAGAAAUGCUUUAUCUUUGAUCGGCCCACUAGUAGGAAGAAACUGGGCCAGCUUGAGGAACUGUGUGAUGAUGAUCUGGACUCCGAAUUUGUGCAACAAGCUGCAGUCUUCUGUUCCUACAUCUUCAGCAAUUCCAAAACGAAAACUCUUUCAGGAGACGUCAAAGUCAAUGGACCUCGUCUAGAGACCCUGGUGCAGACCUAUGUCAAUGCCAUCAGUAGUGGGGAUGUGCCCUGCAUGGAGAAUGCAGUCCUGGCCUUAGCCGAGAUUGAGAACUCAGCCGCAGUGCAAAAGGCCAUUGCCCACUAUGACCAGCAGAUGGGCCAGAAGCUGCAGCUGCCCACGGAAACCCUCCAGGAGCUGCUGGACCUGCACAGGGCCAGUGAGAAGGAGGCCAUUGAAGUCUUCAUGAAGAGGUCCUUCAAAGAUAUAGACCAUGUAUUUCAAAAAGAACUAGGGGCCCAACUAGACAAAAAGCGAGAUGGCUUUUGUGACCAGAAUCUUAAAGCAUCAUCAGAUCAUUGCUCAGCUUUACUUAAGGAUAUUUUUGGUCCUCUAGAAGAAGGUGUGAGACAGGGGAUUUAUUCUAAACCAGGAGGCUAUCGCCUCUUCAUUGAGAAGAUACAAGAGCUGAAGAAAAAGUAUCUUGAGCAGCCCAGGAAGGGAAUACAGGCUGAAGAGAUUCUUCAGGUCUACUUGAAGUCCAAGGAGUCUGUAAUGGAUGCAAUUCUACAGACAGACCAGACUCUCUCAGAGAAGGAAAAGUUGAUUGAAGUGGAACGCGUGAAAGCUGAAUCUGCACAGGCUGCAGCAAAAAUGCUGCAGGAAAUGCAAACAAAGAACCAGCAGAUGAUGGAACAGAAAGAAAAGAGUUACCAGGAACAUGUGAAACAACUGACUGAGAAGAUGGAGAAGGAUAGGGUCCAGUUGCUGAAAGAGCAAGAGAGAACUCUCGCUCUCAAACUUCAGGAACAGGCCCAACUACUACAGGAAGGAUUCCAAGAAAAGAACACACGACUUCAUCAAGAAAUAAAGAAUCUCAAGAAGAAGAUGCAAGAACGAAACAAUUAUUGUUCCCUAAGCUAAAGAACUAAAGAAUAGAGCUUUUCUGGUCACUCAUCUGACGUAUUAAUCAAGCAGUUUAAAAUUAAGAAAAAUG